GUUUCCAGAGCGGCAAAAGCUCCUCCUCCCACCUUCCACUGCAAGGUACCGACGCCGUUUUCUUUUUAACGCUACCCCCGCGCCCGGAUUUGGGGAACUCCAGACAGUCCGGGCCGAAGCCAAUCGAGAUCCGGCCGUGCUCGGGGUUCAGAGAUCGAGAUCUAUCGAUCUACGGUACUUUUGGGUGAUCUCGCUUCGAUUUGAGAAUUUUCUGUUGGUUGAUUCGAUGGGGUUCCGGUUUCUUGAAUCCGUGUCGCGGCAUCGGCCGAUCGAGGGAGAUUCGAUCGGAUUUUUAGGGUUGUAGACGAGAAAAGUGUCGAUUUUUUUGGGGGAUUUUAAGUUCCCCUAGUUUCCAUCCAAUCGCUUCAGAUGCAGAACGAGGGAGCCCGGAAGAACGGGGCCUCUCGUCUGCUUUCAGCGGGACGGUUGGAUGGCUCCGUUUCCGCAUCUUCGUCGCCGACUUCUUGUUAUUCGGGUGCUAAGUAUAUCGAGCACCAUGUUUCAAAGAUGGACACUCUUGCUGGCCUUGCGAUAAUGUAUGGUGUUGAGUGGACUUAUAGAGACAAGUAUAUUGUGGCUAAAAUGUCAUCUUUUCAUCGUACUUAUGGAUAAUGCUGGCAGCCAUUGAUCCCAUCUGUAAUUAUCCUACUAUUGAUUGUUAGUAGGAUAAGGUAGAAGUUGAUCUUUUCCAAUAUGGACUGCUACGAGACUUGGUAAGGAAGUUCUUUUAAUGAUUUAGGUUGCAGAUAUAAAGCGAAUGAAUGGUUUGGCGACGGAUGGCCAGAUGUUUGCGCACAGGACGCUGCGGAUUCCUUGGCCAGGUCGCCACUCCCCAUCUACCAUCCAUUUGAAUGGUGCAGCCAAUUAUAGAGAACAGACUCUUGGUCGUCACCCUUGCAGAGAUACUCCAGAUUCACUCCAAAGGCCGAAGUUGAUAAAUCCUCAGCACAAGAUCUCCCCGGCGAUGAUCAGUCUGCAGGGAUAUUAUGGUCUCAAGCCCCCUAAAGGGGGUCCAGCUGCUGAAGAAACUGAAAUGUCCGUUUACAAAAUAAGUAGUUCCCUCUACUUCGAAGAUGAAUCCCCUAAAACCUCACCAGCUUCUGGUCCGGAAUACCCGAACAAACGUAGGAUGUCUGCAAGCCUAGCAAAUGGGUUCCCAUGGGAAAAUGGUGAGGCAGUCGAGAUACCAGUAGUUGCUGAAGCUGGGGACGGUAGUGAUGAGAAAUUAGAGAGUGAGAAGUCUAUAAGGCGACGUCAAAAGGCUGAUACUGAUCCUCUUUUGCAUACCCUAGACAUACUAAUGGAGGAUGGCGGAGGGCUCGCAGGGAGAAUAGGAAAGAGUCUGGCUCCAAGGCUGAAGUUGGGAACGCCAGUAGAUAUCGACUUGGUCCGACAGAAUGCCGUUUCAGCCGAAGACACUCCUACAGGCAAUGGGCUUGCUGCCGUAAGGAAAUCAACAAGCACCUCAAAUUUGCAGGACUCGGAUUCUGGCUCGACACGGUCAUCUUCCAAGUGGACUUCGAAAUCUGAUGCUAGUACCAGACCAGUUUUUGGUGGCUUGCCAAAGCCAAUUGUUGCUUGGAACAAAGCCGCUCUAGAUUAAUCAUGCUAUUAUAAUGUCUACUCAUUCUCAUCAUUUUUUUUUUGUUAUGUGUGUAACCAAUGUAAAGCUACGACUCAAGUCAUCAAGACCUAGUCAUACGUAACAUUUAUAAGGAGAAGUAAAUAUAAACUUUCAGUGAACAAGACUCCGGCCUGUACUCCAAUUGUCCAGAAGAUCUGAGCUCGAUCCAAGCAUCAUCCUUUCCUAGUUCCACUCUGUUCUAGGAAACAUGUCAUUGAUUAAAAUGUCUGAAGUAAAUAUGAACCUGUAAAUGUUUGUUGGUUGAUGUACGAGGCUGCCGCCCUUUUCAAUAAACGGUGGCGCACAAAUGCUUGCACCAUUUUCUUUUGGUAAA